AUGAUCACACCGGCUCGCCUGGUGCGUUCCAGCCUGGGUUUAAACCUACACCAGCUUUCAUUAUUCAACGAUUUUCAGUCAAAUCUGGUAUUCCUUGGUGUUGCUCUUCAUGUGGUACUUUCGGUACGUAGCCGCGAUCGAACACGUGCAGAACAAAUGUUUGGAUGGUUAAAGGGCUCCGCAACACUCCUGUGCUUGCUUGGGGUCACGUGGAUAUUUGGCUACCUGAUGGUUAUCCAGGGUGCGCAUACUGUUUUUGCAUACAUUUUCACUGUGCUCAACUGCUUACAGGGUGCGUUCAUUUUCAUCAUUCACGUUAUUCUUAACGACAAAGUACGUGUGACGUUAAUUCGCUUUCUACUCGUGCACAUAUGCUGCAUUUCGGAUCCGGGUCCUGGCAAUACCCCGAGUAUCAUCAGCAGUCGUCAAAAACUUAUCAAUACGAUGAAGAAUGGCGGUGAUUUGUCCUACAAAUCUUCACAACAGUGUUCUGAUAGUUUUGCGCCGAGCAGCACGAAGAGUGAAAAUAAAGGAUAUUUUGUGGAAAAAACACCACCACGGUCAAAAGCCAGAGAAAGCCCGGCAACAAUGAUAACUUAUCUAGAAUGGAAAAGUAAGCUGUCCAACGAAUCCGGCAGUAUUCCAUCAGAUGAUUCCGGGAACUACGACUGUGAACCGAAGGAAACGCGAUCGAUUUCGGAUGAAGUCGAAAUCAGCGCAUCUCGAAAUGAAUCAGAAAGGAGCACCGACUGGCAUUCAGUGACUGUACGUCGAAAAAUGCACAGCAACAUCGGAAAUGAAUCAAAUCCAGAAUCGAGCAGGAUUUCAGACCAAUCAGUUAUUGUUGAACGAUUUUGA